GGUGGGCACUUCUUGUUUUUCUACAACCUCAGUUUGCUGUAAAACAAUUUUAAUAAUUAACCUUAUUUUUUUCUGUAAAUAUGUCUCGCAACCAGAUCUACUAUUCCGACAGGUACAGUGACGACCAUUACGAGUACAGACAUGUUGUUCUGCCUCGAGAGAUGGCUAAAUAUAUCCCCAAAUCCCACCUGAUGUCUGAAGAAGAGUGGAGACAGCUGGGAGUGCAGCAGUCCCAAGGAUGGAUCCACUAUAUGAUACACGAACCAGAGCCACACAUCCUUCUGUUCAGAAGACCUCUACCUCCGAAGCAAUGACACAAGACCCCGCCCUCACACUACUGGAAGAGUCCUCCUGUGAUCUUUUACUUAAAAUUAUUACUGUCUAGCUGGUUGCUUACUGCAGCAUAUGAAUUUCUCAGCUUUUUGAUGUAAUCCCUCUGAUUUGUCUGAUACAGUCCAGGAUUUGGUUUGCUUUUUUGUGGAGAAAGGAGGAAGAAAUCUGCUUUGUGAUUUCAAACCAAAGUGAAUGUACAAAUUAGAGGUGGUCAAAUCCAGUGUCAGUCUCUCUGUGUGUUCAGUUACAUUUGUUUAAUUGUCAUGCUGUCAUGCUCUGACCUUUACAGUAGUAAACAACCCGCUAACCAC